AUGCAAAUGUCAACUAUGAUCCACACAUGGUCACGUGAACUCUCUCGACAAGGAAUCCUAUCUAUCAGUAUCAAUUUCACGGAUCUAGCCAUGGACAAUAAAAAAUAUAAUCCGACGUCAAAACCAUUGUUCGUUAUACUUCUUUCUACGUGGGAGAAUUUCGAAGAAUUCUCGAAGGUCAGCAAGGAACUCGAAGUAUCCUUGUUCGUUUGGUUCGUAUUAUUUAUGGAGACACCAGGUAACCCGAUGGAAGAAUUUUGUCAAAAUCCUAUUGGCAAUUUUUUCAAUCUCAACUUUGAUACGGAGAUGUUAAUUCUUUGCUACAACGAAACGAUAUUAAAGGAAUGGUAUUCCGUAAAAGGUAAUAACACGAUAACUUCUAAUUUUGCUACUUGGAAACCUGGAAAUUAUUUUUCCGUAAUUAGCAAUGAAAGCCUUUACGGUCGGAGAAGCAACCUUUUUGGAGCAGUUUUACGCAUUGGCACAGUCAAAGAUUCCUCGUUUAUCGGGACAAAAAAUAAUAAGCUGACCAAGUUACUAGGAGUAAUAGUCAUGGAAUUAAGCAAGACGAUAAACUUUACUAUCGAGGUAUUGGAGCCUGUUGAUGCUUAUGGCAGUUGGGACAAAGAAAAUGAAACUUGGAACGGAGUGAUCGGACAAUUGGUUUCCGGUGAAAUUGAUUUAGGUGUAGCUGAAUUUACAGUGACGACUAAUAGAAUGGAAGCUGUCGAUUUCACCUUGCCAUUUUUACUUUCGCGUAAUCGAUUGUAUAUGAAAGAAAAUCCUGGUUCUGUUAUUAAUUGGUCCGCAUAUUUCAAGACAUUUAGUCCAGGAAUUUGGGCAAUAAUAAUUUUAAUGAUAACGACGACGCCCAUUUUAUUGACCAUAAUUAAGACAAAAAGUUUUUACAUUUCCGGAUCUGUUUUGUCAGAAAAUUAUAUACACGUAUGGGGUAUUUAUUGUCAGCAAGGAAUAUCAGAAUUUCCCACCGAUUCUUCUUUACGUCUGGCUUUCAUCUCCAUCUUCGUCUCGGCCAUAAUAGUCUCGGCUGCUUACUCGGCUUCUUUAAUUAGUUUCUUGACCGUGACCACAAACAGUUUACCUUUUUCCACUCUCAACGAUUUUGCCAACGAUGGUUCCUACAACUUGAUUGUUUUCGGCAACAGUGCUGAUUACGACCUCUUCGCGAAUUCCAAAGAUGAAGUUAUCAUCCAAAUGAUGAGUUUAAUGAAACCGAAAAAUAAAUUACCAACCACUUUAUCUCAAGGAUUCCAUGAGGUAUGUACAGAGAAAGUGGCCUUCUACGCAACCGAAGAAGUAAAAAAAGCAAUAAAUCUUUAUCUACCAUGUAAAGUUAAUUUUAUAGAAACUGGUAGAUCCGAUAGUCUGGCAAUGACUGUGCCAAAGGGUAGCCCUUUCAAGGGUAUCAUUAAUUAUCAUUUGCAAAAAUUCAUAGACAGCGGUAUAAUGAAUCGUUUGAGAGGAAUGUUCGUUGUACAAGUUAAUUUAUCGAAAAUUAUUCACACUGCUGUUACUUUGUGGGACAUAACACCGAUUUUGGCAUUACUGAUUGGUGGUGCCAUUUUAGGUAUCAUUAUUUUAAUCAUAGAAAGGUCUUAUCAUAUUUGUCAAAUUCAAAAAGAAUUUGCAAAAUUACAAGAUGAACUUAACAAAGUAAAAUUGAAGAAGAUCAUGCGAAUGGAUAAGAAUUUUUAUUUCGACAAGUUGAACAAAGCUCGUAAGGUGAACGAAUUUAAACCAUCCGUUGGUUAUUUCCCAUGA